CCGACGCUAACAUACCUGGCACAAUACUCGAAAAGUAUUUAAAGCCGUAAGCGACGGUUCUCGACUUCAGUGCCUACGUCAGUUUCCCAGAUUGGUUGGGUUUACAAGCUGCAGUGACCUUCGUGUAAACGUUGCACUCAGUCAGACACCGCGUUCAUUUCCAGUAUGACGGCACCUCCCUACAUUCUAACAGCGUUGGCGGUCAUAGUACUAAUUGGAACAUGUUUUUCUCAUCCAAUCGACACUGGACCGGGGCAAGUCAGAAGAUCGUCCGUGCCUUGCGUAAGUGGUCCGCUGGGAAUGGAAAGCGGAGCCAUUGAGGACAGCAGAAUAACGGCGUCCUCUUUUUACGACAGUAGGUUUCCUCCACGCAUCGCUCGGCUUAAUGCUGGCAACGAGGGAUGGAUACCAAGCGCUCCAGCUGACCAGUGGAUCCAGAUUGAUCUUAGUAGACAUGUAGCAGUCACAGGGGUGGUGAUUCAGGGAGAUGGCCGCGGUUUAAAUCGGUACGUUACUGCAUUUACUGUGCAGUACAGCGCGAGUGGCGAUUCAGAUUGGCACGGAGUACUUGAUGCAGACGGAGACAUUAGGUUUGGCGUAAGCACUGGACAAUCAACAAAUGUGACGUUCCCCGUGGUUCUGAUGGCAAGGUAUCUUCGUUUAUUGCCUCAGGCCUGGACAACUUCAGUUUACAGAGUCAGGCUCGAAGUGCUGGGGUGUAGAGUCUCGGAUGGAACUAUUAUGUUAAUCGGCGGUGAUGACGCCCUCAGCGACCGUGUGGAGAUCUACCACGAGGCUACACUCUCCUGGGGUGCAGUCUGUUCCAACGGCUGGGAUCUAACCGACGCCCAUAUCGCCUGCCGCCAACACCACCCGUUCCUAGAGGCAGUUCAAGCUGGGGCGAGCUCGGCAGAGACUGACCUCCCGAUCGUCAUGAACCAAGUCGCCUGUAAAGGCACGGAGAAUCGCCUGGUGGACUGUCCGUUUAUUUGCACCGAAUAUCAGCAGUGUAACAGCUCUCAUGUCGCCACGGUGGUUUGCCGACCCAAAAUGAACACUGUUCGCUUGGUGGGAGGUUCCAACAACUCCAGCGGUCGCGUGGAGGUGUACCGUAACAACACCUGGGGAAGCAUUUGUGACAAUGACUGGGACAUCAACGACGCUGCUGUGGUCUGUCGUAUGUUGGGCUUCCCCGGUGCAGAGGCCGCCAAAGCCGGUGCUUACUUCGGUCAGGGCAGUGGUCCUGUCCACAUGGACGGUGUGGCGUGCACUGGAUCAGAGGGCAACUUCGGUGACUGCCCAUCUUCGUGCUGGAAGGAGCCCCAAUGCAGCCACAGUCAAGAUGCCUGUGUCAUCUGUCAAAGUGGCUAAAGAUAAGUGCAUUUCUUCAGAGUUCAACGUCCUGUUCAACGUGGGACUAUUUUUGAAGUGUAUGCAGUUUGCAUGUUUAGACUGUGCGUUGAAUUUAUUCAAGCCUACAAUGUUUUGGACGUUUUAAAUAUCUCCUCCCGAAAACAUGGUAUAACAAUUUUAGUGUAAACUUUAUUGAUGAAUCCAGAGUCUGUAUUGAGCUAAAAUGUUCUUCCAGAGAAUAAUUUUACCGUCAUUUAACCACGGUUUUAAUUAAAUCAGUGGGCUUUCUCUGGUUAGGACCAAUCUCAAUUUUUGAAAAGACGUAAUUGUUGCUUACGUAUAUGAGGUUCAUCGCUAUACAUUAAUCACAAGCUGUUUAACAUUCCAUUAAGUUUGCUCAUUCUACAUUAAAAAGUAAAACUUUUCGAAUUUAUUUCUGCUACCAUGAGUACGAAAAGCACCUUUAUGUGUUUACUGCUUUUCUUUAUUUAUUAAAAUUUAUUAACAAAAUCAUAGUUGUUUACCGUCUGAGAUUAACAAUAAUUGCUGUUGGUUAAGUCCUACAGAGAAGCAUCAAUAACUCUUACACAAUGUUGUAACAGUGUAAUCUUUCGAGAGUGUCGUACAGAUUUUUCUAAAAGUAACUGACCAUGUAUUAUUGGGUGAGUGCCACAGAGGGAGCUGUUUAUACACAGAGUUGUGACGUGAUUGUCUCAAUCGUUGGAACCAAAAUGGAUGAUUGUGCAUUACUAUACGUGAAUAAUUAGCACACAAUCGCUGCAUGGUGUUCCUGCUCACAUAAUGAAUAGCCAUUUUGGUCCAAAGUCUUAGUUGGCGCUAAUUUCUCUAUACACAAGCUGUUGACCCUCGUGUUUUGUUUUGUUUCGGGGGGGGUUGGGUUUUUUCCUCCAAGUUUGUAACCAGGGACAGUUACCCUAGCUAAACGUUGAGCUUUAUUACCAUUAUCACCAUUGUUUAUUAUUGUUGUCAAUUCGUUAGGCUACUUAGCUUUAGUAUAUCGUUGUUACAUUUAAGUGACUGAAUAAGUUCGACUUUAUAGCUUAUAAACAGUUUUACAAGCUUUUUAUUCGCAAUGAAAUUGCAACACCGAACCUUGUUAUUUGAAACCUUGAAAUGUAAUUAAUUUACAGUCUUAACACUCAUGGCGUAUUGUUUUAUUCAUUUUCCAGUGAUUUGCCGUUUGUGGGGAACGAUAGUUAUAUCUAUGUCCGAUCUUAGCAUUUAUGUCUACGACAAGUUAUAAAAGCUCAUUUUUUCUACAGUGGCUGAAAACAUUGCCCCUCUCCCCAUUUUCUGUAAUCACGUGUAAUAUGUGAGUAAUAAAAAAGACGUCUGAGCAAUGACCAGGACAUGUACGGUGCUUGAAAUAGUUUGCAAUCCAAAAUUUAAUGUGAAGAAAGCUAUCCUAGAAUAUACAUCUUUACAUCUUA